UCCCAUCAGUCCUUCUAACCAUGCAUGCUUAUAUCAGUGACACCAGCUCUUGAGAACAAUGCUGUGCACCUUGCAGACCCCCAGCCAUGCCUGGGUUUCACCUGAGAAGCCUGGUAAUUUCUGAAGAACUGAUUUCACCGGUCAAUUCCCAAGGUAGAUCAAAUGCUACAAAGCAGAGCCCAGAAACAGCCAAGAAAUCAACAGAGGAAUGUGAGACAGAAUGUUUUCAUGGCAUCUCAACCUCCCUCUAAAAUGCCUAAUGAGAAACAAAAAGAAAGAGGGAAAUCACCAAUUAUUAUGGAGGAUAGAAAAACAGAUGUAGUGAAGCCGAAUAAAAGGAGUAGAGCAAAUGGUAUAUUACAACCUCAGUGUGAGAAAGAGAUUACAGGGGUUUCAAAAACAACCACCAAACUCAAACCACCACUAAAAGAGCUCACAAAAAAAACAGGGAGAAUUAACAGCAAGCUUCCUACCAGGCCUGAAAACAAGCAAAGUGUCAAAGUGACAGAAAGUGAGGAGGAGGAGGAAUCAGAUAGUGAUGCGGGAAGUUCAGUGGAGAUGACUGAGGAGGAAAGUAGUAAUGAUGAGGAGGAGCACCGGGGCAGUAAUGAAAAGACAGCUGAGACACUGAGUAGUGAGCAGGGCAGUGAGGAAGAGGCUGAGGUUUCAGAUACCCAAAGAGGUACAGAAUGGACAGCAAACAAGGAAUCAGGCAAAGAACUUUCAGGGAAAGAAAAAUCCUCAAUUGAUUCUCGGAUCGAAACAGUCUCAUCCAGUGCCGGGGAAGAGGAAAGCAAGAAGGAAUUCAAAAUAUUUGAGGCCGUCAGUGUUGGUGAAGAUAAGGAGAUAAACCAGAAGGGAAUAUCUGAAAAGCCAACAGUUCAGAAAGCCUGCAGACGACAGCAGCAGACCUCAGGUCCCUCAAAGCCUGCGCAGGAGCCAAAAUACAAGAUGUUUAAAAAAACAAAGGCUAUUCAGGAUAUUCAGACUGAGAAGGCAGAAAAAAAGCAGGCCAAAGCAGAAAAGCAAAGGUUAGAAAAAGAAGCCAAACAAAAAGCCAAGGAAGAGCAAAAGAACAAAACAAAGCCACAGAAAACAGACAAACCCAUUUCUGCAACAGAGGAAAUUCAAACAAUUAAAGGUCUUUCCCUCAGUGAGGUCAACCCAGGAAAAGGCAAGACCCGUUUGGUGAACAAAACAAAAUAUAUUAACAAGAAUGCUUGUCCUGUAGAAGCUGGUUCAGAUGAAGAUGAGGAACAGCGGGAGGCUGACCCUACAUUGUCCAAAGCUAUCAAAAACCAAAACCAAAUAAUGCGUCUCAGAGCCAAAGAUAAAGACAUCAAAGUCAUUGUGGAGUCUGAGGAGCAGCAGGACACUCUAAGUGCUGUGAAAGGGCACCCACAGAGUUUGCUUUCAGGUAAGAGCAGCAUAGCAUCUCUCCGACACAAAACAAAUAAGAUGCUAGCAAAGCUAGACAAGGACACAUCCGGGAGUGAGGCCCCUGAUGGGGGCAAACCCAAGGAACAUCUGAUGGCACAAAAAAAAGGUAUGAUGACUCUCUGCCAGGUGUCUGGAUGGAUUCAGAAGAAAACACCAAAGGGGUUAAACUUCAAAAAGAAACUUUCUGCUUGGACUAAAGCCAUUGGAGUUUCUCAAUGGCUCUCCCUCCGGGCCAUAAAACUGAAACAAGAUAUCAGAAAACCCAAGGGCAAGAUCUUCAAACACAGGAUGACAAUGAGAGUUGCCAGUAAAACCAGCCUAGCCAGUAGAAAAAACAAGUGCUCCUCUGAGGAAAAAAUGGCAGAAGAGAAAGCCAGCCUUCAGGAAACUGCAGGGGAACAUGUAGGAGAAACAGCCAAAACUGGGGAGAAAGAGGUAGAGGCCAAAUAUGCUGUGGUACUCCCCAGGAUGAAUAAAGUGGCCAAUGAAAAGACAGCUGAGGAAUCCCAGGUAGCUCCUGGGCCUUUUACUCCAUCAAGUAGCACUGGAUCACCAGUAGAGCCCAGUACCUCAGACUCCAAAACACCCAAACCAGGUGCCAGGCUUGUACUUCCUGUCAAACCAGAUCUCAGCCUCCUGAAGUCCAUCAACAAGGCCUUGCCAAGAGGGUUAAUAUCAGAUGAUGAUACGAAACAGAGGGUCCCUCAUUCCAGUGGUACACCAAAAGGAUCAUCCCACAUACAGGACAGAGACAGAAGUGGACUUGAUAAUCAAAAUGGAGCCAAUGUGCUACAGGCUGCAAGAGGGAAACUGCACUCCUCCCAUAUUAAACUGAGCAAGAUGUCCAUGUCAGAGGGGAUGAUAGGUGGUGGACCGUCUCAGGCCAAAGGACCAGACCCAGAAAGAAAGUAUUCAGCUGGAAUAUCCAAAUCUCCCAUGGAGCCCUUUCCAAAUGGGGAGGCAAAUGCAGUAAUGUCAGGUGUUGGAUCCUUGUAUGAAGAAGAGGCUGGCAGGGAAGUGGCCCAGCUAAUGGAUGAGGACAGUUUAUAUACUAUCACCCAACCACAGGUUCACUGGGCUGGGAACCAAUGGAUGAGUGGAGACCCUCAAGACUGGCUUCCUGCUAAGAACCUGUUGCCCCACCAGACAGUAGAGAAGCUAACCAAAUGGACAGUCUAUGAUGAUGCGGGCCAGGUCAGGACAGUUCCUGCCCACAAUGGCAGGGGACCCUGGGAAUCAGAGGACCUCACCCAGGAGAUGCUGGAGAGUCGGCUAGUGCUGAUGCCAGGCAGCAAAAGCGCUGUAGAAGUGGAUGAGGUAGAGGAUCUAUCCCAGCUGGAACAGGUCUGCGAAAGCUCUGUGCUUCUGAAUCUGAAGAAGAGGUUCCACCGUGACUGUAUUUAUACUUACAUUGGAAACGUGCUGCUGUCCAUUAACCCCUUCAAGCCUAUUAACAUAUACACAGAGGAGCUGAGAGAGAAAUACCAAGGCAAAGAGCAGCACAGAAACCCACCGCAUGUGUAUGCCAUAGCUGACGUCACCUUCCACCAGUCUCAGAAUUCCACACAGGAGCAGUGCAUCGUCAUAAGUGGCCAGAGUGGUUCAGGGAAAACUGAAGCUACCAAGCUGAUGGUCCACUACCUGAGCUCCAUGUAUCAGGGCAGAAACGACAACUUGCGACAGGCCAAUGAGGAAAGGAACUACCAUGUGUUCUAUGAGUUGCUGGCAGGUUUGAACGACUGGGACAAACAAGAGCUCUACCUACAGGGAGCCGAGACCUAUUACUACCUAAACCAGGGUGGUGCCUGUGAGUUGAACUGUAAGCAGGAUAAACAGGACUUUAAAUUGUUGGUUCAGUGCUUUGAGACCAUUGGCCUCCAUGCUGACCAGAUCACCACUGUUUGGGCCAUCCUGUCCUCUAUUCUGCAGCUUGGCAACAUCUGCUUCAACUCAUAUGAGAGUGAAUCCUUUGAGGUGGCCCGUAUCUUCAGUGAGGCUGAGGCCAGGCGGGUUGGCUCCCUGUUACAGAUUUCCUCUGAGGCCCUGCAGACUGUCAUCACUCACAGAGUCACAGAGACAACCUAUGACAGGAUCUACUGCCCUUUGUCUGUGGAAAGUGCUAUAGAAUCCAGAGAUGCCAUUGCCAAAGCCUUGUAUUCAGUGCUGUUUGACUGGUUGUUUGAGCAGAUCAAUGACUGGCUGAGCCCCACAGAAAUGGACAGCACGGUGGGGAUAGUGGACAUCUAUGGGUUUGAGGACCUGGGAGUGAACAGCUUUGAGCAGCUAUGUAUAAACUUUGCCAAUGAGCAGCUGCAGCACUUUGUCAACAAGGCAGUGAUUGCUCAAGAGCAGGAGGAGUACAGUGCAGAACAGAUCCAGUGGUACCCAGUGCCACUGAAAAACAUUCACUCCUGCCUAGAACUAAUCUCCUCCAGGCCACAUGGCAUCCUCCACAUCCUGGAUGACCAAACCUGCUUCCCCCAGGCCACCGAUCACACCUUCCUCCAGAAGUGCCACUACCAUCAUGGCAACAGCCUCUACUAUGCCAAGCCCAAGAACCCACUGCCAGUCUUCACUAUUUAUCAUUAUGCUGGAGCAGUCACCUAUCAGGUCCAUAAUUUCUUGAAUAAGAACCAUGACCAUUUCAGAAAAGAAGUGGUGGAGCUUUUUGCCAGGAGUCGGUUAAAGAUGAUGUCAGAGCUGUUCCGGAAAGUUCAUGAUAGUUACAUCCAACAGAGAGAGCUGGGUUGGGGAGGGAAGGGGAGCCGCCAGCAGCACUCCACUGCUGCCUCCCACUUUCUUCAGUCCCUGACCGAACUCACCAAACGGCUGGAGAGAUGCAAGACCACAUUUAUCCAUUGUCUAAAGCCAAACUAUGUCAAGCUUCCCGGGAUCUUUGAUGUGGACUAUGUGUCAGGCCAGCUGAGGCAUGCAGGGAUCAUGGAGACCAUCCACAUUAGGAAAGAAGGGUUUUCCAUUCGGAUUCAAUACUCCUACUUCAAUGAGAGGUAUGGCUUUCUGCUAACCCAGCAGUUGAGUGAGAUGUCAGACAGAGAAGAGACUGUGGCUCUGCUGGAUACGGUGGGUGCAGAGAAGGAGCAGUACCAGCUGGGACUCACCAAGGUAUUCCUCAAGGAGCUUCUGUACCAGCAGCUAGAGGAGAGGUGGAGCAGCACUAAGACCUGGGCUGCCAUCACUAUCCAGAGGAACAUCAGGGGCUUUCUCUGUAGAAAGAACUUCAAGAUCUUCAAACAGAAAGCCAUCAUCAUCCAGAGCCACAUCCGAGGACACCAGGCCAGGAAGUACUACAAGCGUCUGAAGCAGUCCUUCACUCAGUUCUGGGCGGUGAUGCUGAUAACCAGAAACACCAUCAAGAGAUGCCAUUGGAGGAAGGAAUUUCAAGAGAGGAACAAAGUAAAAGCAGUGACAAAGGCCAAGUCUGUCUCUCCAGAAAUGGAUGUGGGGAUGCUGGAGAUCCCUGCUGAGCUGUCAGCCAGGCUCCGCAGUGCAGCAGGGCGCCAGCAUGUAUCAGGGGUCACAGAAGUGGCACCUCCACAAGUGAAGGCAGAACACAAGCUCACUCUGCCUCCAGAUAUAAACAGAUAUCCAUUCUCUCACUAUGCCAAGUCCAUAUUAAAGGAUACAUGGUGCCAGCCUCAGGGAUGCCCUCUUCAAAGACCCCUCACACCUCUGGAGCCUGAAGAUGUCAGAACUGCCCUGGAGAUUUAUAAACUGAUUUUGCGGUUUACAGGUGAGUUGGACCUUAGUAGCUGGCAAGAGCAGAUGGUAGGUAACUACAUAGUGGAGAAGGGACAGAGCCGGCCAGCUCUAAGGGACGAGAUACUAGCCCAGUUAGUGUACCACACAUGGGCCCUGCAGGAGGAUCCAGCCAGCCUGAGGGCCUGGCUGCUGCUGGCUUGCUGUCUCAGUGCCUUUACCCCUUCAGCAUCACUGGGCAAACCCCUGCUCAAGUAUGUGUCCGACUAUGGUCCAGGGGAGUACCGCUCUCUGUGCCAACACAUGCUGCUGACAUCUCUGCAGCUUCCAGCUUCCACUGCCCGCAUCUACCCUCCCACCCAGCUGGAAUGGACCUCCAACCAGAGGAAAGGUGCCAUGCUGUUGGAUGUACACACUUUCAACGAUGACAAGCUGGCAACUGAAGUGGAGUCAUGGACCACUGGAGAACAGCUAGCCUCAUGGCUUCUCCAUUUCAGAGGAGUGUCAGAGGCGGUGCAGGGCUGGUCAGUGUCUCUUCUGACCGAUGAAGGCUGGUUAGAUCUGGCUGGCUCGGACUUUGUCAUGGAUCUGCUGGCUGGUGCAGAAGCUGAAGUGCUGCCACCACCAGGAACGCCCUCCUCUACAAGCUCAGACUAUCUUUUCAGCAACCAGGGAGACAGGAUGCUAACUACAGGUAUGGACAACUUCAUCCCACCAGCACCUUCAAUAGCUCCUGGACUGCCUCUUUUUCAGGGAAAUCCAUUGGGAAGAGAUUAUCCACAGGAAGGUCGUGGCCGUCAGAUGGAUGCCUAUGUUGAUGACUUGUUUGAUCCUGUACUGGACCAAGGACCCCCGGACAUGGAAAGAGUAGCCAUGCUAAACCGUAGGAUGAGAGGAGGAGGAGGGAUUGGACCCAUGCAGCCUGGGAUGUAUGGAGCUGUGUGGGAGGAGGAGUGUCUGCCAGCAGAAUGGAAACCUGCAGUGAUAGCCCCAGUAAUAAAACCAGGUAUGCCUAUGACAAUGCCAAGCUAUCCUAUGGCUCCUGCAAUGCCAACAAUGACAGCCAUGCCAACCAUGCCAGCCAUGAUGAUGCCUCAGACUGCUAUGCCUGCUCCUCCUCUCAUUGACCCCAUGCAGAUGGCAGCUACACAGCAGGCCCUCAUCAACCAGCAGGCCAUUCUCAUGGCCCAGCAGAUGACCAUGCAGGCAUUGAGUCUGUCCCAGCAGCAGACACGGGAGCAGCAGAAGAAGCAAGAGCAACAGAUGAAGAAGGAAGAGCAGAGACAGAAGGAGCAGGAGAGGAAGGAGGAAGAGAGGCAGAAGAGACGUCAGUCUGAUCGAUGCUCCAGGGAAUGCUCAUCCUCACCAUCCCCUCUAUCUCCAUCAUCACCACCUGCUCAGCCCAAAGCCCCCGCACAUAAACCAACCUCCAGUUAUAGGCAGCCUGAGUCAGAUCAAGAGAGAGAAGUGGACUUGUCAGAUCCAGGUGAUCUGCAGUCUUUUGGAGACAAGAGGGAAUACUUCCAAAAGAUGGGCACACAGUCCCGAGGUGAAUCCAAAACCCCAAAGUCUCAGCCAGCCCGCUCCAGCCCACCCACACAGCAGCAAUGCUCCCCACCUUUAAAGCAUCCAAUACCCCCACCUACAGCACCUAAGCCUGUGAAUAUUACUCAUAUCCCUCCUGCUAAAGAAGCAGACCCCCCGAAAACAACACCUACCCCUGCUCCUCUCACUAAGCCUCAGCCUGAGCCCACCUCCAACAUACGGGAAAUCAUCAAACAGUACAACAGUCGAACCCCACCAGAGCCUAAACCCUUUGAGGCUGAAGAAUAUCCUUCAAGGCAGUUUGUAAAGAAGAGUGACCCCAAACAAGAAGCUCUGGCCAAACUCAGAAACAAAGCACCAGUGUCACAACAGAAAAACUGGGUGCCUGCUCCACCACCAGUCAAGAGGGAGCAGCCUCCUCACAGGAUGCCCUCGUCUUCUCCUUCCUCCACCAGGGGUCCCCGCAUCAUCUCCAGCAGCAUGAAGCAGAAGCAACGCUCCCUGGAAGACCUAUUUGGCUCACAGCGUUCCAAGCACACUCCACCUGCUCCCCCCGACUUCCCGCCACCUCCUCUGCACUCAGCACCCAUCCUUCAGGACAUCCCUGACCCACCGUCCAUUGCUGCCCCGUCUCUCAAUACAAUGCCAACCGAGGAUGGCAUUUUGUCCCAGCUCCAGCACUUCUCUCCUGGUGUCUGCUUCUCUUACUCCAGAAUGUCAGGAAAACUGUUUCUGCGAAAAGAGAUUGUCUGUGCUCAUGGUAGUGACUAG